GAGAAACAGAGGGCCAAGACAGACGCUCCCCACCUCCUCUGAAGGGUGCACACUUGUCUCACUUGGUCACUGUUGGAUGGUGAAGGUGCCCAAGACUGUGAAGGCAGUAAAUGGUAGUUGUGUAGAAGUGUCCUGUCACACCGCCCCCCACCACAGGGUCAUCUGGUACCGGUAUCAUAGCGUUCUCUAUCCCAAGGUUUAUGAUGGCAAGGAACCGACCAGUGUGGAGACCAGUUUUAGAGGGCGUACAUCAGUGCCAGGCAAUGCAUCAGAGGGUGACUGUACACUGAGGGUUGAGAGUGUGACAUGGACAGACAAUAACCUCCAGCUCUACGUGUGGAUCAACCCUGAUGAGUCAGCUACACAAAAUUUCCAUCAUCAGAUCGUAAGGAUUACAAUUGAAAAUAGAAAAGCUCCUGUGUUAUCCAUGAAGAAUGCAUUGGUGGAUGGAGCCUUAUUUCAGGCCAAAUGUACUGUCUGGCAUUCCUGCCCAUCCUCUCCUCCAUCCCUUCACUGGAGCCGUUUGCCUGUAAAUUCUACAGCAGUGACUUCCAUGGAGGAAAAUGGAGGGCUGUGGGUGUCUACUGAGACAAUACAAGGAAGAGGAACGUCCCAACUACACAAAAAAAGAGAUGAAAUGCACAGCUCAAUUCGCUACAGUCCAAACUGAGAGUCAACCAGUCAUUCUUAACAUCUCAUAUGCCCCUGUUGGUGUGAAGGUGAUGGUGGAUGAACAGGCAAUCAGUGAAGGUCAUAGUGCCAACCUGGAGUGUGUUGCUGACAGCAACCCCCAGCCAGGCAGGUAUGUGUGGAUCAGACGACAGGGAGGCCAAAGCAUCCAAAUGAAUACAACUCAGGGCAAAAUGUCCUAUCCCAACAUUAGCAGAGACACCUCAUUCUCCUGCAUUGUCCAAAAUAAUAUUGGAUCAAAUCAGUCAGCCUGGCUGUUUCUGGAUGUCAACUUCCCCCCAGCAAUCCUCUCUGACUCCACUUGCUCCUUGAAGGGUGGGAUUCUGCGCUGUGUGUGUAGAGCAGAAGCCCGACCUAAUGCCACUCUGCACUGGAUGAUCAACGGAAGCAGCACUCUCCCAUCCUCCUUCACUUCCAUCACCAUAUACAGAGAAAAUAUGGUGUCAGCAGAAGUCACUGGGCCUGUGGAAAGACGACCAAAUGUCUCCUGCAUAGCCAGUAACUCACUGGCCACUGACAUCCAGCAGCUGCCCCUUGACACAAAAUUCUCAGCUGGACAGUUUCUGCCAUGGAUGCUGACUGCUCUGGCAGUUGGAAGUGUCUUUCUGUGGGGAGCUGUAAUGUUUGUACACAGAAUACGUUGCAGAGAGAGACCAAAGGCCAGCUCUAAUCUCCCCACUUUGGAUAUCCCUCUAAGGUACUCUCAUUUUUGCAUCUGUAUUUUACAUAAAACAAAUAAUAAUGUUCAAGCUCAUUGACAUUGAUGUUUUUUGUCUUUAAGGCAACCUGACAUGUCAGAGUCCCUAAGGUACAGCAAUCCCCAAAAGUAACAUAUGAUAACCCUUUGAAGAACCCGUUUUGGUUCCUGGUAGUACCCUUUUGGUUCCAGGUAGAACCCUUUUGGGUUCCAGGUAGUACCCUUUCUACAGAGGGUUCUAUAUAGAACCCAAAAGGAUUCUACCUGGAACCCCAAAUUUUACAUCUGCUCCUGCCACGCCCUCUACUGCUCAUCCGGUGUCUCCUUGACCUGCCGCCACUCCCCCAGUGCUCUUUCCCUUUCUGUGUGUGUGUGUGUGUGAUUGUGUGGGUAGAGACAGGUGUGCUGGAGUCAGAGCAGAUCCCCACCAGCUGCAACCUGUUCCAUAAUCAAGACCUCUACAAAUACUCAGCCCUGCCACUUCCACGCUGUCAGAUCGUAAUCUCUGCUCAUCCUACUUCUCGUUAGUCCUGCUACUCUGUCCUGGAUCCCCCACUCUACGGCUCCCUUGGAUUCCCCUCCGGAUCUGCUUACCCUGUCCCAACACGUCUCGCUCCAGCCUCAGCCUCCACACCUGUUUUACUGCAACCCGCCUGAGCUUCCCCUGGCCUGCCCUCAAUCUUCCCCGUGUGUUUUAAUAAAUACCUUGGUUACCUCAUCCCAGUCUCCUUGUCUGUUCCGCUCCGCGUGACACAAAAGGGUUCUAACUGGAACCAAAAAGGGUGUGUAGCACCUUAAUUAACCCCCUAGUCAAAGGGACACCUUAUGGUGACAGUUAUGCAAAACUUCAAUGAUUUAGGCCCAGUGAUGGCUGUUACACUUGGUUUAUUACACCGUUGCUUAUCUCAUUAUAUACAAACCACCCAUUCAUUGGCUGCUUACUUGUUCUGAUAAAAUGAGCUAGAGAGAACAUUUUUUCAAGUAAAAUUAGGAGCAUGUAAUUAGAAAGAGGUGGACAGUCCUCCCCAACCGAGCUGAGGAGAGAAGUGACUUUAAUCUGCACAAAUAACUUUCUGUGAAGCCUGUGUAGCGGACAGCCUUGGACUAUCCACCAUAUCCUCUGUUUGAUGAACUGUUGAUAGCGUGAGUAAUACUUCAAUGGCUGUUCAUUAUUGUUAUUUAAGCCUUGGUCCUGACAGCGCACUGCCAAUGUAUGUAGUUAAAUAGCCUAAUAAUGGGAGCUGAUACAAUCAAUCUCAAAAAACAAUCUAAACAAUCUACAUUAUACCAUGAUGCUUUUGUUUCGACAUGGCGGAGCUUGGGUUUGAACUAUAAAAAAUGGAAUAGGAGCUGAUUUCAUGGAUGGUUUCAUUUUCAUUUCAACAUUUCUUCAGCAAGCUGCAUCCAUACAUCAUCAUUUGAGAUAAUGGCUGAUCUUAAUUUAGAGUUGACCAUUUUUCAGCCAAAACUGUGUGCUAUACGAUCAAAUAUAGAUAAUAGUUGCUGUCAUUCUCUGCUCGUCCUCAGUUGGAAGCCAUGGUGGUGAGGAGUGGGUUGAUUCUGUCUGUCUACAUCAUCACCUUUCUGAUGGGCCUGCCUGGCAACAUCCUGGCACUCUGCGCCUUCAGCGUCAAGAUCCGCAAAAAGCCCACUCCUACAGACAUCCUCCUGCUCAACCUGACUGUGUCCGACCUUAUCUUCCUGCUCUUCCUGCCCCUCAAGAUGCACGAGGCAGCCUCCGGCAUGGUAUGGACUCUCCCCAGGCCUCUCUGCAACAUUACCUCUUUCGUCUUCUUCUCCACCAUCUACACCAGCUCCCUCCUGUUGAUGGUGGUCAGUGUUGACCGCUACCUGUGUGUGGCCUUCCCUGUCCAGUACAGGCUCCGCCGCAAGCCCUUGUAUGGAGUGGUGAGCAGCCUGGUGGUGUGGGUCUUCAGCUCGGUCCACCUCUGCUUCAUCUACAUCGUGGAGGACCAGACCUCAUCUGAGUUCUAUGUCUGCUAUGACAACUUCACCCAGGAGCAGCUGAAGGUGGUGCUUCCCAUGCGCUUGGAGCUGUGUGUGGUUCUAUACAUCGUGCCACUGCUGGUCUGUGUGUUCUGCUACCUGAACUUCAUCCUCAUCCUCAAUAGGACCCCUAACCUUUGUGCAGAGAAAAGGAAGAGAGCCGUCGGAAUGGCUAUAGGGACUAUACUUGUUUUUGUUGUCUGCUUCCUGCCCUAUAACGUCACCCAUGUACAGGGGUUCGUCAUCCAAGACAACGUGGAGUGGCGGCUCUACGCUCUGCUCCUGACCACGGUCAACACCGUCCUGGAUCCUGUGACGUUCUAUUUCUCCUCCUCCAUGUUCCAGGCCACCAUGAAGAGGAUCCUGACUGGGAAGCGAAGGAACAGCUCCCCUUGUGUCUUCAUGACAGCUCAAAACAACACUAGAGACAUAGAGGGACACAGUAACCCACCCACAACUGAGGGAGGUUUGUCUGACAAGUGACAGAGCUUUUAAUGACAAUUGAAGACUGCCUAAUAUGGAUGCCAUAUUAUGGGGCAGACAGUCACCAGUUCACAGACAAUGAUGUAGACUAGAGAGAGACCUGCCAGCAGCAUACCUGCCAGCAGAAUACCAACCUACAUCCCACUGCUCACUUAACUAUGAAGCUAAGCAGGGUUGGUCCUAGUUGGUCCCUGGAUGGAGACCAGAUGCUGCUGGAAUGGGAUGUCAAAUGGGUCUCUUGGCUCUCAGUGGUCACAAAGAGCCCAUGGCACUUAUAAUUAGAGUAGGGGUGUCAACCCCAGUGUCCUGGCUAAAUUCCCAAUCUGGACCGCAUACCAUCAUGGCCACCUAAUUAUCCCCAGGUUACAAUUGGCUCAUUCAUUCCCCUCCUCUCCCCUGUAACUUUUACCCAGGUUGUUGCUGUAAAUGAGAAUGUGUUCUAAGUCAACAUACCUGGGAAAAUACGGGUAAAAUAAAAACCUGAAAGGUUCAUUGUAAAGCUGCCAAUCUUUACAUAACUUUUCUCUUUGAAAGAGUAUUGCUUUUCAGCACAUUACUAUUUGUAACUUGUUAUUAUACAGUAACGUAAACUCACUCACUUUUGUACAUCGCCUUGGUCUGUACAAUUGACCUUAUUUUAGCGCCCAAAAAAACCUAACACUUCCAGAUCAACUGUAAUGUCAAUACCAUUGUAAAGCACAAUUUCUCCACUUUCCAACAGAAUCAAUUACAUGAACUCCACGCUGCCCGUUUCUGCAUGAUUCAAGAAGGCAACGACCUCCGUCGGGUCUUUUUAAAAAUGGCGGGUGGGGAAGCGAAACUAAUGCGUGGUAGUGAGAAGGAGAGAUAUGUGUGGCAAUACUGCUUUUUUCACUCGAUCUGUCCAACUUAUCACCUUAUCGCCUCUAAAGUGUAAAUAAAACACUAUAUAUCUAUAUAUUUAUAUAAUGUGUCAUUGCAUACCUAUUUGAAGGUUUGUGUCGAAUUUGAAUCGGGUUUUUAGGGCGGUGCUAAAGUGAUCUUCAGAAGUAAACAGCGGCUUUGAGAGUCAUGAUGCUUGCAGUGAUGAUGCAAAGAAUGACUAGGUAUCCCCCCCUUAUCCCCGCCUUUGUCCAUUUCUUGUUUUUAAACGAUGAGAGAAGUGCUACACCUGGUGUAGAGAGAUUGUAAGACAGAAAUAGUUGCUUUAUAAGUGCUGUACGUUAUGGCAUGACACGUCACGAUGUAACGGAGGGUCAGUUUUUUCAACUUUUCUCCAAUACUAUAGAGCCAUUACCAUGUCGAUCAACGCUUGAAUAGAAACGUAGUUCACACCCCAUAUUUUGAAGUCAACACAGUCGCUACAGCCCCAUAAGUUUUCUUUGCAGCCUCGUUUGAAUGUCGCGGUUGCGCAAAUUUGUACAGAAUGGGGUGAGUUUACGUUAAUUAUUGAUGAAGUGACAACAAAAUGCUAAUAGAUUAUUCCAACCCUGAGCCACAACCACAUGGACACAUACAGUAACAAUUAGUGGUUUGUUGCUACAGUACUCGUCAAGUGUUAGCAAAAUGCUAAUACACAUAUGAUGUUACAUCAACCUUGGGCACAUGGAAAAAUAAAUGUUAGGAUUCUGUUAUCAUUUACAUGACUGUUCUCUUGGGAAGGCAAUGUAUGUUUCCACACUAUUUACAAAAUCGAUAUUGAAAUUAGACAUUGGUAGUUCACUCCCUCCUACACAUACGUCAUAUCAGAUGUAAGCACAGCAAUGUUUUGCAUUUUAGUUAAUCGUUACCAUGCACUCGCACCUCCUCAUGUUUGCACUGUUCAAUACGUCUGCGGUGCACUCAAACAGGUCUGCUUGGCUGCUAUAUAUGCUAGAAAAUUGAAAUAGAACAUUCUGCUGUUUUGACCAAAGUAAUGACCUCCUUGGGAAGCUUGAAUACACUUGGCUGAGCUCUCUAAUUCCCGAUUAAAAAUAAAUACACAUCUACAGCCAGGUAGGUUAUGACCAUUUGGAAUUAAGAAUGUGUUUUCCUUCUCCCUUUAAGGUUUUCACUGUUGAGCUGCAAGUGUACUGUGGGGAGGAUGUAGCUAUACGCAUAUGUGAUUCCUUCAUUGGUAAUAAGAAGUUGGCUGAGAUAUUGUAACAAAAAUACAUUGAUAAUUGAAAACAGCUACAUUUGUAUGAUUAUAAAAUAUGA